AUGGACACAAGCGAUGGAUUUGUACCGAUUGUGGCGUUGUUCUUUGCUCUUUUCCAUCCUACUGAAGGUACAAAGGUGGUACAUCAGGUGCCAAGCGGUUCCAUAGUGCCUCCUGUGAAGUCGGACGACUCGUCAGCAUUGGCUGAUCCUCUAUUUGAUUUCGAUGCAAUUAAAAACUAUGUUAUUCCAAAGCCGGCUCUUUGUAAUAAACUACUCACCUUUAAGAUUGACAGCUAUCGUGUCAUUGGUUACCCAGUUAAUAUAUACUCAUCACACUAUGCGAGAAACUCAUUUAGUUUCAACUUUUGCUUUGUAUUUCCUUACGAAAGUGAUACCACCCCUUAUGAGGGUAAUAUUAAGCGAAUAGGAAAGAUGUUUAGGGCAUUGGAGGAACAGUCGCAACUUCUUUCAAAAUCAGAAAAGGGCCAUGAAGUAUUCUUCAAAAGCUCAACUGAUGAUGAAAUUACCAAGCUGGCCCAGCAGUUGAAGAGCACUAUGGGUUUAAACAAGCAUAUUUCUGAGAGUCAGAAGUAUUUGAAGAUUGUGGAAGAUUGGGACGAAGGUGUCAAUCAGAUGAUCGUGGAUGAUAUUACUGCACCGGGUAGGAACGCUCCAGCUCAGCCCAAGUUCUCCUCUUUGAAGAGUCUUAUACAACAGAUUUUUCAAGAUCUAAACAACUAUUCUGAAUGCAUGAUUCCAAUUGAUGCAGCAAACUCUGUUGACAUCAAAUUGUUUCCAAUUUUCCCUCCACCUCCGGAGAUUGAUGCCUCGGAUGUUCCGAUAGCCACUGUGAAACUUGAAUCCAUGGUGGAUGCUCUCUGGGAUCCAACGCUGUUGAAAAUCAUUCCGUUUGUCAAUGGAAUCAAUUCAGUCCAGCAAAUAAGUGAUCUGGCUGGAGCCGAUUUCGAAUUGACUCGUCAGUGUAUACAACAUCUCAUACAUUACAAGUCCGUUGCAGUGUUGGAUAUUUUCCAGUUUAGUAACUACUACGCACCCACACCUUUGUUAGGUAACUUUCUUCGGGAUCCCAUAAUGUCAAACGAAUGUCAAUCAUAUGUCAUAAGUACCACCGGUACUUUUGAUAGUAUUCCUAUCAAGCCGCCAAGAGGUUCCGUUAAUUCUGAUAUCACCAGUCUGCCCUCGUCAAUCUCCAUCGAUCGUAGAGGCUCUUCUCCUUCUAAAUUCGCUCUUGCUACCACGCAUCAUACUUUGGGUGUGUCUCCGCAUUCCCAGCCUCAAAGCUCUACUACAAAUAGGCGACUUUCUUUACUCGUGGCAUCCCAGUCUCACUCUAACUCGGGUUUAGCCAAAAAACGCAUUCUCACUUUGCCUUCCAAAGCUACCUUAUUCUAUCUUUACAGAUCAUUAAAUCAGAAUACAACAGUGAGGCAGUGGUAUCUAGAGAACAAUAAAGCUCUUGAGUGUAUUGAUAUUAGAAGAUUCAUCACUUUUGGUGUUCUAAAGGGUAUUAUAUAUAGAGUUAGAUCAUAUCCUGUUGUUCCUAGAUUGGCCAAUUCUAUUGAUUUUGGAGUUUCACGUCCGAAAAAGCUUGCCAAAAAGGCUUCCAAGAAAAUAGCCAAAAACUACAAUCUAGGUGCACUUCCUGUUAGUCGAGAUCCUGAUAUUACAGUAAAGAAUAAGCGUAGAGGGUCUUCGAAGAUGAUUAAUGAGAACGAUAAUGGCCGUGAUGAAGAUGAUGAUGAAGAUGAUGAUAAUGCGGACGAUGAUGAUGAGGAUGAUGAUGAGGAUGAGGAUGAGGAUGAGGAUGAGGAUGAGGAUGAGGAUGAGGAUGAGGAUGAGGAUGAGGAUGAUGAUGAGCCUCAACAGAAGUUAUCCGAAGAAGCCAAUAAGGUGAUCAAAGCAGAAGAGAGUAUAUCCGAGGGGGACCAUGCCUUGAAUGAGACUGUAACCAGAAGCAUUCCAAUUGCAAGAGGAGAUUUUGAAAGUGUCAUCUUAGAAGAAAGCGACGAGGGACGGUCGAUAGAUCGAGUGUCUAAUAUUGAACGUACUAGGAAGGAGAGACAAAAACAGAAGGAUGAAGCCAAAUUGCUCAAAUUACUCAAAGCUACAGGGGAUUUUGAUAUGAUAUGUACAACACUGAAACGGUCAAGAAAGGAUGUUUGCGAUUUGAUGGACAGCGUUGGCCAAUGGAGAGUUAUAAAUUCUUAG